CUUUGCUUCAUCUCCUUACUUUCUCUCUCUUGAACCAGAAACAAACCUGUCCUUCUAUUGCUAUAAAAGUAAACUCCAUUUACCAAGUCUCCUCCACACCAAACCCCUCUCUCUCUCUCUUCUCAUUUCAAAGAACAACAAGAAAGAAGCAGAAAAAAAGACAAAAAUAAAACUAGAGAAAAUGGAAUUUUCCACGAGAAAGCCUUAUUUCAUAGAAGAAGAAGCUGAGAUGGAACCUGGAGUUUCAUCUCCUUCUUAUUACAAAAACAUGAAUCAGUACCAUCCUCAGAGUUAUUAUAAUUACCACCAGUACUCACCCAGAUCUGUUGUUGUUCCUGGGAAGUUCCAUGAUUACAGAUUCAACAAUAACUGUUUCGGACAACAACCACUACCUCAUUUCUUAGACUCUUGCUCUCUCUGUAAGAAGCGUCUUGGUAAUAACAGAGACAUCUUCAUGUACAGAGGAGACACACCGUUCUGUAGUGAAGAGUGUAGAGAAGAGCAGAUAAAUAAAGACGAAGUGAAAGAGAAGAAACGUAAUCUGUCUUCUUCGGUGAAAGCUAUGAGAAGAAAUGAAAAGAGAAGCUCUUCUUCUUCUCCAACUAGGUCUCGUGACUAUGCUUUCCAUACUGGAACUGUUGUUGCUGCUUAGUUCAUUUCCUAUGGGAGGGGAAAAAAAAAGAAUCCAUUAACGUCUGUUUCUAUAAAAGCUGGUUAAUGGUUUUAAUUUGAAAAGAAAAAUCAGGGAAACUAAAAGAAAAAAUGGUAAAAGGAAAAUAAAAAGCAAGAAACCUCUCUUUUUCAAGGGUUUGUUUUUAUUUAUUAGCUUUAUUUUACGAAAAAUAUGCAAUUUUGUGAGUACAAGAAAAGCCUAUGUGAAUUUGGUAAAUCUUUGAAUUUCUUUUUUUUCAGUAUGUGAAGAAAACAAAAUAAGUAUAUGUAAUGUUAACAUCUUCAGCUAAGCUGUUUGUAGUGGAACAAAAUAAUAUGAUAAUAACUUACC